AUGGCAGAAUUCAUUGCGGCAGUGAGCUUGGCGUCCAGCAUCGCUCAACUCACCGAUUUCAGUAUCAAGGUAGUGAAACGUCUGAACGAGUUCAUGCGAGAUGUUGAGGGCCUCCCGCAGUGUUUCCAGCAUAUGGCGAACCAAUUACCAAUCAUGAUAGGCAUCGUCGAGAAAUUGCACAAACGAGCGGACAAACAAGAAUUCAGCAACGAAACCGAGGAACGCCUGAAAUGCCUUUUUGGUGGCUUGGAGAAAGAGCUCAAAGCUCUGGAUGAUCUUCUUGGCAAAAUAAAGCCAUCUGCCCAGGCUUCAACAUGGGAGAAGGGGCUCAAGGCUAUGAAAAGCCUGAAAGCCCAGAGAACAGUCGAAAACUACGCUUCAACGGAUCAAUUGGACUACGUCAAGGCGCAGACAGAUCAGAUCAUGUCACUUCUUAGUUCUUCUUACGACCAGAAGCUAGCAAUCCAAUCCAUGGUUCCGGCCAUGACGAGAAAGCCAAUUUGGAUGCUUGACUUUGAUCCUGACGAAGAUUUCAUUGGUCGUGAAGAUAUCAUGAACGAAAUUGAGCAGCGAUUCCAAGCUAUGGCUAAACGAGUAGCUGUUGCAGGUAUUGGUGGAAUCGGUAAAUCCCGCGUAGCUAUCGAGUACUGCUAUCAGAAACGGCGACAAGAAAGUCCGAUGGAUGUAUUCUGGGUCCACGGAGCGACCAGGAGCAAAUUUGAAACGGCGUAUCGGAAGAUCGCCAGACUCCUGGGCUUAUCCUGCCACGAUGAUAACGACGUUGAUGUGCUUCAAAGGGUCCAAGAUCACCUCAGCGAAAACCUAGAUCGUCCGUGGGUUAUGGUUGUAGAUAACGCUGACAGCCAUGACCAGUGGCUGCUAUACAAGCAGAACGAUAGAAAAAUACCGAAAGUAUUGAUUGAUUACCUCCCGCGGUGCUCUCAUGGGAGGAUCCUAAUCACGACUCGAGACAGCCAGCUCGGUUACAAGCUUACAGAAGCAAAGACGAAUCCAAUUCACAUUCGCAGAUUUGGUCCCCAAGAAGCGUGCAAACUAUUCAAAGCAAAGCAUCCUGGUAGCAUUACUCUCAGCAAUGACGACUUGAGUGAGCUUACAGAGGCACUGGAGUAUUUGCCGCUCACUAUCACUCAAGCCGCGGCGUAUCUCAAUCAGAUUGAGAUGACUGCUAGCGAGUACUUGUCUGACUUCAGGGCUGGUUCGUCCGACAUUCCCGAACUUUUGACUGAGAGCGUCGAUGAUCCGAGUCGAGAUCGCGAGACUUCAAAUUCUGUAUUUCAGACUUGGCGACUAUCUUUCGAGCAAAUAUCCAAACAAAGUCCACGAGCAGCUGAGAUACUGUCUAUGAUGGCGAUGCUCGAUCGACAAGAGAUAUUUCAGGACCUUCUUCGGAAAGAUGAUGAAUCCCUCAUCCAAUUCAAAGGAGCCAUUUCAAAACUCAAGGCAUUUUCCUUUAUCAAAGAGGUUGGGAAGCCCCCCAAAUUCAGUAUGCACCGACUGGUACAGCUUUCCACUCAAAGAUGGAUGGAAGCACGUGGCGAGCUGAAAGUCUAUGAAGAGAAAGCUUUGGCUACAGUAUCGUCUGUCUGUCCCAUAUCAGCAGACUACGAAGAUUGGGCGGCAUUCUCGGAGCUUAAACCUCAUAUCAAUGCCGUUCUUGAAUACAAAGUGAACGCUAGGCAGGCUCUAAUCGAUCGCGCGCGCAUUCUUCAUGGCUUUGGCCACUAUCUGAUGUUACAAGGCCAAGAAAGCGCGGCCUCAGAGCUGCUUGAGGAGGCAUGGGCUAUUCGGCGGGAACAUCUAGGAUACGAUCACGAGGCGACUCUUACAACUAUGGGCGUUCUUGGAGUCAGCUAUAGCAUGCGAGGCAAAGAUUUCUGGCGCAAAGCUCAAGACAUUCAGCUCCACGUGUUGGACUUGUCCCGGCGAACCCUAGGCGAGAAUCAUCGCCUGGCAUUGAAAAGUGAGUCCCGUCUAGCCAUUACCUAUAAUAAGGAAGGCAAACAUCAGCGAUCCAAGGAACUACACGUCCAGAUUCUUCAAAAGAUGAAGACAAUACUUGGAGAAGACGACCUGGAUACCCUCAAAGAGAUGUCGUGUCUCAUGUUCAUCUUCAAUCGAUUGAAGCAGUGGCGCGAAGCCGAGGACGUAGGCUUGGUUGCCUACCGUUUGCGAAGCAAGGUACUCGGCGAAACACACCCCGAUACCGUCACUAUUAUGGCUCAGCUGUGCAUCGUAUAUAAUGCUCAACGUCGAUGGGAGGAAGCUGCCAGACUUGAGCGGAAAGUGCUCCAAUUGAGGCUCGAUACUCUCGGUGCGGAGCAUCCGAAAUCACUCAGUUCGAUGGAAAGCCUUGCUCGUAGCCUCGUUUACCAGAAAGGUCAAUCUGAGGCUGACUCGCUUCUGAGCCACGUCCUUGACGUCCGGACACGCAUGCUCGGGCCACAACACCGUCUCACUUAUACCGUAUCAUCCCAGUUGAAGCGUCUAAGACAGACAGGACAACUGCGAGCCAUCAGGCCUCCACCUUCAUCCUCAUCGUCCUUUGGAGGUAGGCCAGGACAUUCCUUGGGUGGGUCAGCCGAAAGUAUCCCUACAAUCUCGCUGGUAGAAUCACGGGAAGAUACUCAAGGCCAGCUUGACGAUGGUAGGCAGGGAGGUCAAGAAGCUCCUAAUCCGGGAAGCGCAAGUCUACACCAACAUGGAGAUGGAGUGAGCGGUCAUCAGCAAAGACAGACUUGGGGUAGCAGUCCGCCUCCUCCAUACACAGAACGGGCACUGAGCAAUAACUGGAGGGGUAGAUCGGGCAGUCGUAGUCCAAGGCCAGGUCACAAUCAACAUUGA